CGGCCGACUGUACAUAGGAUGAUUCUAGCUUUGAGCAAGAGGCUACUAAAUACGCUUGUGCCCUCCUUGAUGCUCCGGAAGCGUCAUACAAAAUUCCCACAGCGGACGAAAAGUUCAGACACAAGAAAGCCCCAGCCUGGUGGGACUGUGUCCAGCUCGCGCAGUCUUACAAUCACUCCCUCAACACGCUCGUAACCGUAGACAACCAUCACGACGACUGUAACGGAAAAGGAUUUGAGACAUCCGCAGCGCCGUCGAUGGUCUUUGACGACGAAUCCGACGACGAGCACGACGACGGCUUGCGCACACCGCCUCCAGUCGCCUGCAUCAUGUCGCCUGCUCGCGCGAGCACUCUCCCAUCAGGGCUGGGCCUGCAGCUCGGCGUUACCCCCUCCCCUUCCCCUACCCGCGAGCCCAAGUCGUCUCCGAACAGAGAAACCUUGCUCGAGCCGCUGCCGUUCCUUGGCCUCCCAAUCCCUUUCACGAACUCUCACUCUCGGGUAACGAACGUCAGUCGCACUGACGGGUCGCGCGCGUGGGUGACCCGGAAGGUAACAUUCCGUGCAGGCGGCCCCAGCUGGCGGUCGUCGCGAAAUGUUCAGGAGGCUGCGUCCACGUUUGCGUCGUGACGAUCUGCGCUGGGUAUGUCGGCCGGCCACCUUGAUUAACGGUGGAGGCUUUCUUGCGCUCUAUCGGCUGCAAUGCACUACGAAUUGCGUUCUGCGCCACACGCCCCAACUGUUACGAUACGAAUGCGAUUCAUACGAGUUCUUACGACCAUCACGCUCUACUAUUCUAUUUAUUACUAAUUUUGUAGCAACGCCUCGGUGUAUAUUAUUCUCUGCUAGCGUGUGCUCUGGGUCGCUUGUCGUUCUUAUGGGGAUCGUGGAGUGUGAGCUACUCUUUGUUGUCAGUGGCAUAGUGCAUAUACCCUAUACACUAUUGUACCAAGAUCUAUUUCUAGUUUCGUAGCACUGUGAUAUCGGUGUGGAAAUCGAAGUACGAUACGCAUAACUGAGUACGAGAUAUGCGAAGGCCU